AUGAGUUCCCCUUUGGCGCUCGACAGCAGCGGCAGCGAGCCACGAAUCCGAAGGGCGUUUUCGGGGUCGUGCCACCCGCCUCUACUGCCGCCGCCGGACCAUGUUGAAUACAUCCAGCCUCUCCAGGACGCCCCACCAUCAAGGUCGAUCUCCCACACCCCGCCGCUGCCGCCCACGGACUCCCAGGACGGGGGGCGCACGACUUUCGACCCUCUGGAGGAUUUCAGCCAUGACACCUCUAACCUCGAUGCCACAGACCGUUGUCUUGCGGCGGUGUGCUCUUUGCUUCAGUUCCAAAUUGCCGAGGUCUGGACAUACACCGGCGAAAUCAGCGCUGCCGAGGGAAAGCCGCUAGAACCCAUGUGCCUCCACGUGUACGCACGGCCAGCCACGAUCGAGAGCUUCAAGGAUGUUCAGGGUGCGCUGAGGGACGACAACACCAGCGCAAGACAUUCGCUUUCUCCGGGGCUUGUUGACGAGGCGCGGAAGCAGGAGCGGCUGCUGUGGUUCACCUCGAUGCACCCGGACACUCCUCUCCAUACCAGCCUGCCCCUAAACACGGCCGUAGCUCUCCCCAUCAGCCUCUCCGUGCUCCGGAGGGACCUCUGCUUCGUCUUCUUUGCCGAGCACGACGUGAACCGACAAGACACGGCCGUGUCGGUCUUGACUCAGCUGUCUAAGGCGGCGGGCGUGGCAAUAUCGGCGUCCUUUCCGGCCUACGCCAAGGAGGACGGCAGCGGCAGCCCGGCCAGGAAGUCCCGAACGCCGAGCAAUAUGUCGGAAAACGCUACCAGCCCCAGCCUGCCCCUGGGGGAUGGCCCGCUCAACCUAGAUGUGCGAUGGGAGCAGCUCACGACGGUGGAAUUCAUGGUAAACGGUAGCCGGUGCACCAUAUACACGGCUUUCUACGGGACGACGCCUGUGGUGGUGAAGGUCAUGCGGAAAGAUGUCCAAGACAGGGACACUGUACGCCAGGAGCUGGAGCUCGAGAUGGGUCUGCUGAUGCGCCUGCGCCACCCAAACAUCGUCCGUCUGCUAGGAGCCGGUACUCGGCCAGAGCCGUUCCUGCUCAUCGAGCGAUUGGACGGCGGGACUCUGGCACAGCGCUGCGGCAACGCGGUCAAGGUCCGGGACAGAAGGCGCCGGUUCCGACACAUAAGACAGUUCACGUACGAGGAGCUGCUGCGGCAAGGCCUGCAGUUGGCCGAGGCCCUCCAGUACAUGCACAACGAGGCCAUGCCGGGGAAGCUGGUGGUGCACCGCGACCUGAAGCCGGACAACAUCGGCUUCGACGCGCAGGGCAAUCUCAAGCUCAUCGACCUGGGCCUGGGUAGGGUGGUGUCCAAGGCUGCCGACGACAAGGCGACGUAUCGAAUGACGGGAGAGACCGGAAGCUUGCGGUACAUGGCCCCCGAGGUGGCGUUGGGGAAGCCUUACAACGGCUCGGCGGACGUGUACGGGUUCGCAAUGAUUCUUUGGGAGAUGGCCACAAUGACCAAGCCGUUCGAGAUGAUGGGCCGAGAACAAUUUCUUCAGCAGGUGGUGGACAAGGGCGUUCGACCACGCGUGAGCGAGAACUGGCCGGCUCCGUUCGUGAAACUCCUCCAAUCUGGCUGGCACCACGACAUGCACAAGCGGAUAUCUAUUGGGGAAAUCACCACCACCUUGCGAAGCUUGCUUGAGGGAGCCGCAACCGCUGCCGCCCAGGCCCGGUCAGUGGAGCGUGCCCCUACACGGAAGUUCCACCUGUUCAAGAGCUCGUCCAGAAAGCUCAACAAAAGUGACUUUCCAGCAUAGCAACGGCACAGCAGUGAAAGAUGACGAUAGUGCCAUACAGGUUGUACCUUGAGUGGUCAGGAGACCUGCGCGAGGUAGAAGUGCAGUAUG